CUCCGCACCCAAUAUUUCCCACAGGCUCUGUCUGCAUAGGGUGAUUGUAUUCAACUAUAAAACAUAAUGUUUUGUGCAUAUUGUGUAACAACUAUUAAAUCUAUUCUUCCAAAUCGGUUAGAGACGGAGAAAAAAUAAAAAGUGUUCAGACAUCAAGUAUUGCAUCUUCGGGAUGGUAACGUCCAAGAAGUAUCAAGUAACGUGCGUUAACAGUUUACUGGAACUAUAAAUUAGUCUGGCAACCAAAGACGUAUCAGUUCGACUCGAGGCGUUUAAGACAUUACAAGGGUCUGACAAUAAAUAAGAAAAGGAUGCAGAUAAUCAGCGGAGUGGUCAUUCUUUUGUGCAUUUUGACAGCUGCAUUGGGAUUUGUUACUGAGGCAAAAGCCGGGUGUCAAGGCGGGUUUUCCAACUACGCUGGUCACUGCUACUUUUACGCAGAUAGUUCUGAGCCCAAAUUAACAUGGUUCGAGGCAAGUGCGUUAUGUGUCUCGAAGGGUGCAUAUUUAGUAAACAUAGGCUCUCAUGGUGAACAGGCUUAUAUCGAGAGGAUGAUACGUAAUACUGCAAGAGAAAACCUUUGGAUAGGAGGAAACGAUAUUGGCCAAAACCAACAAUAUUGGACCAAGGGAAAUGCAGUUGGCAGUACUGACGGGUAUACUAAUUGGAAAACUGGUGAACCGUCUAGACUUCAUAGCGGCAACCGGGAACCAUGCAUGUGUAUUUGGGGCGAUUCGGGUGAUCGAUGGAAUGAUCUCGACUGCUUUGCUCGUAUUUUUUACAUUUGUGAGCAUGAUAAUUCGCAAUAUUGAAUUGCACACUAGAAAUGAAACAAUAUAUCAGCAUCAUAACAUGACGUAAACUUUGCUUUUCGUUUUGAGAACCAUGAACAAGGAACACUAUUGAAGCGAUCGGUUGAUAGUGAUUGAGCAAAUUUCCAUAUUAACCCUACGUUACAUUACACACUACAUGUUACAGAAAACAUUGAAUUGCUUUUAUCGCCUGUUUGUUAAUACACUUAGAUGAUGACCUAAUUCGUCAUAAAAUUCAGUGGCCAUUUAGUUUUUUCCCCCUUUUAAAACACGUAUGGCCAGAACAGAGCUACAUUAGUACGUACAAUAUACUUCGAUGAUUACUUGCGCAUGGAUGUAACAGCUAUUACGCAAAUACGCACGGGUGUACGAAAUUAAUUGAGGAAGAAAUAAAAAAUGUG